CGCCUCAACCCUAGCCGCCUCAUCUGAGGCGGCUACUUCGGCCGGAACCCCGCUUCCUCCCCGGUUACAUGUUCUGUCUUCCCUCGCCGUCGAAACAUCGUUUUUACCUUGUGCCCAAUUUUUGGUGGUAGUAAUUGACGCUUUGGCUGUGUUGUGUGAAAUCGUUGCGCUGCCGGUGGGGUUGUUACUGGCUCCGCCGCCGCCGUUGAGGAGGUGUGGAGGUAGAGGAGGGGGCGGCAUGGAGGUGUUGCAGACGCUGCCCGUCGCUCCGUCGGUGUAGGUGGCUCUGUCGCCACCUGCUACUGCCGCCGCUGCCCUUCCACCGCUAUUGCCGCCGCCACGUUUUCCACUCUGCCCUGUACGUUUCACCUCUUGCCACCAAUCAGGAUACCCGUGGAGAUGAAAGCACGUCUCCUGUGUGUGACAUUUUCCUCCACAGUGUGAGCAAGUUAACUUGCUCUUAUCUUCCUCUGCUUUCGAUUUAUGCUGAAUAUGGUUGCUUGUGGGUGGAAUGGUCGGCUCCGGUUGAACGUGCCAAGUCCGGUGGCAAUUCCAGAUUGGUCAGAUUGGGCAGCUUCUUGUUUGAGCACCUUGUCAUUGACCGCUUCUCUUCUCAGAUUGGCCCAAAGGGGAUAAUUAUCCCCAUUGAGUUUGGUUUUCAGAUUGAUCUCUCCUAAUUACUCCAGUUGCGAUUGUGGCUGUUUGGUGGAGUUUUUGGACUUGUUUCCAGAUUUAUUCAUGAAUUUCAUGAAUUCGGCAAAUUGUGCCGCAAAAUCUGCCAUGGGAUAAUGAAGGAAAGGCCGAUAAAGGUAUGGGACUAUGAUGACAUUGCUUUGAGUCCCCAAAUCGAAAUUUCAUGCUCUUAAAGAUGGUAAUCGAGAGAGGUAUAGAAAAGUUGGCUCGAGCGCGAGUGUGCCGACUCCACCCUCAUCAAGCGCGUCUCUUCCCUCCCCCCCUCCUCGUCAACGCCGCCGCCGCCUGCGUCAAGUGCAUCGAGUCCGACCACUUCAUCGCUGCCCCGACGACGGCGCCAAGCUCCUUUCCGAGCUCCUCAACAUCCCCUCCGGCGUCAGCCUCCGAUUCCUCCACGACAACCGCAUCACCGUCCUCUGUAGAGUCGCCAAGAUCACCAACACCGUCUGCUGGCGCGCCCGGCGACCUCAUCGGCCCCGUGCUGCCGCCCCCCAUGCAUUUGCUGUACAAUCCGUACCCUGGAUUGGAGGCGCAUGGGAUGGUGGUCCCACCUCAUUUGCCGCCGCUGCAGGCGCCAGCGAAUGUGAUGGGACUACCCCAGCUGCACGUGCCAGAUGCAGCCGGGGUAUUCCCGUCGAAAGCAGCCCGGGGGGUAUUCCCGCCUUUCGACGUGGCAGCGCAGAGGCUGAUAGUGGGGCACGAGUUGGGGAAUUUGGUGGCUAAGAAUUUGAAUUUCAGCGAUAGCAAAGUGGAGAAAGAGGUGUUGCCAGAUGACCGUACCAUUUUCUUGACGUUCUCGAAAGGGUACCCUACUACUGAAGAGGAGGUUCGGGAAUAUUUCACUAGGAGAUUUGGGGAUUUUAUAGAGGAUGUGAUAAUGCAAGAGGUGGAGGCGGAUGAGCAGCCGUUGUAUGCGAAGAUGGUGGCGAAGUCGGCGGCGGUGAUUGAUGGAAUAGUUGAGGGGAACAAGGCUAAGUAUUCGAUAAAUGGUAAGCAUGUGUGGGCAAGGAAGUAUGUGAAGAAGCCGCCGCAGCAGAGGUCGCCGCCUAGGGGGGAGGCUUCUGGUUCGGGUUCUUCUCCGACGCUGCCGAAGAAAUUAGCUUGAAUUUGAGGGAUUUUUAUUACAUAUUUACAAUGUAUUUAUUUAUUGUUUCUGUUGAUUGUAUGGUUUGUUUUGUAAGAGGAUAUUAAUAUCUUUAUAAUAUAC